AACUUUGAAUUGAAAAUCUAUUAAUUAUUUCUAAGCUUUUACUCUUCCAUAAACGUACCUACACUGCCAGCUAUUUGUUACAGUGUGGUUGGAGUUCUUCAUGGUAUCUGCCGCGCGAACAUUGAAAGUUUCUGUGAAAGUGGACAGUCAUUCUACCGUUGAUAAAACAUAUUUAAACUUUUACUUGUAUCCACAAAUACCUUGUAUCCACAAACGUAAAUAAAUACAACGUCUUCCAAAAAGAGCUGAAGGUACAAGUCCACAGGUCUUUUGCUGCGCACAGAAGAAGUAAAGCUGAAACAAGGGGGCGGAGUCUUCCUCAGCAGUGGGAGGAGAAGGAGCAUAUGAGCCUAAAGAGCAGAAAGACUCUCAGGACUGUGGGGCUCUCCAGCUGAGUUGCGGGACAGCUUUUUGUGUCAGAUCACAGCUGGACGGGUGGACGGGCUUGACAGACGAGUUGGACAGAGACCGUGAAAGGGAUCUUAAAGGCCGUUGUGUUGCCGGUAUCACUGCCAGCUGAUCUACCAGACCUGCGUUUGGGAUAAAGAGCCUUCAUCGGCUGCACUGUGGCUGACCGCUGACCCCGAUCUGCAGCCAAACCCCCUUCUGGGUCAGCACUGAGCUAAUAGAGGUGGUCUGGCCGGGCCUGAUGUGGAAUUUGACCCCGACUGACCCUGUCCCACAAGUAGCCUUUCACUGAGCCUGGACCCAGUGGAGAGGAAGGAUAAAGAGCAAGAGGGGCGACGAAGAAGAAAAGGAGGCGAGAAGUGAGAGCAGCGGCACAGCGACUGCUCCUCCAGCAUGCCGGUGGAGACCCUGCGGCCGUCUGACGGCCGUCUGGCUGGGGUUCCCUUUACCUCCGCCAUGCCCUUCAGGAUACUUAACAAGGGCCCGGACUACUUCCGUCGCCAGGCCGAGCCCGGGACCCGUAAACUGAGUGCUGUGGAGCGCCUGGAGGCCGACAAGGCCAAGUACGUGAAGAGCCAGCAGGUGGCCCUCACACGCCAGGCCCCCAUCAAACCACCAAUCAUCCGCAAGCCCCUCAUCCCUCCGGGGAUGAUGCUCCAGUGUCAGAUCAGCACUCCUCCUGCCCGCAAAGUCCCCCGCUGCCCGGCCGACGUGGAGAACGGAGGAGGGAGAGAUGGACCAGGAGGAAGACGAGGACCUGCUCUGAACUUGGAUAUUCUGAAUAAUCUAAUAAAUGAUGUAUGUGAUGGACCAAUGCCCUGCUCGCAGUCCUCUUCCUCCACCUCCCCCUCCUCUUCAUCUCCUUCGUCAGGCGCUAAGAGCAUCAGCAGCAGCCUGUCAGCAGAACAAGAGAGGAGCAACCGGCUCCUCAACAACCUCAAACCGAUGAAUCACGGCACCAUUAACUCCUCAUCCACCUCCUCCUGCACCUCCUCUCCACUCAACAAUAACCUCCGGAUCCCUGCAGCAGAACCCGCCCGCCGUCCGCCCCCUAUUCCAGCACGUGUGCCCCGUAUUGGGGUUCCGGCCCCCUAUAGCUCCCCUAACUCUGUGACGGUGCGCAGGGUGGACGUUCGGCCCCAGGCUGAGAUACGGAAGCCUCAGAGGGCCCUGCUGCAGCCCCAACUAAGGCCCAGACAGACUGCCCAGGGCCAAGUGGCACACCCCCAGGUCCCACCUCCACCACCUCCUGCAUCCUCCCAGAACCACCCCCAGCUCAUCACCCCCUCAAAAACCCUCCCGUCCCCUCCAGUCUGCCUGCCCCCUAGUCCCAUGCUGGUCCGAGCCGGCAUGAUCCCGCCAGCCUCCCCCGCUUUCACCCGCAUCUCAAACGCCAGCUCCAAGGGCUCUGCCCGUAAGCACCCAUCCCUGCACCGCUCCAAGUCGGACCUGAGCGACCGCUACUCCCGCGCCACGGCCGACCUGGAGCGAUUCUUCAACUACUGCGGGCUGGACCCGGGGGAGGUGGAGAGCAUGGGCGGAGUGGAGCGCUUCACAAGAGCCAACUCGGACAUCGUGUCCGUUUCCAAGUUACGCAGCGUCAGCACGCCCAGCUCGGAGUGCGGAGACGAGGUCAUGCGGGAGAGGGAGGACGGGGGGGAGGAGGAUGACGAGGACGGGCCCGCCAGAGCCAACGAGCGGGUCCCCUACGGCAUCUCGGUCAUCGAGAGGAACGCUAGAGUCAUCAAGUGGCUGUACGGCAUCCGUCAGGCGCGGGACACUAAUAACGCCGUCUCGAACGUAUAGGCUAACGAGGACUCGGAAAGACUUGAAAAGACUUGAAAACAGGGAAGCAGAACUUUUUUGUAUGAAUACAUACGUCUGAAGAAGGGAAAGCCCGUCUUCUGCUGCCUUACGUCACAUUAAAGGAUAAUCCAGUAGUUGUUUUUUUCUUUUUCAGUCGCACUUGUUUUGGGACUUACAAAUCAGUGAUUGUUAUCUGGGCUGCAAGUCAGGACUGCUUCCCUGCAGGACUAAAUGGACGAUACAUUUCCCUUUUUCUUCACUUGAUCUUGUAUAACAAUAUUGGUAUACGAAAGCAAUAAUAGACUGGUAUAAAUGCUGAUGGUGAGGAUGAAGGCAGUAUGUUUGAGAUAGUGGUUCUUUAUGUAAAGGUACUCUAUAUGUGUGCGUGUGUGCAUGUGUGUGUGUGUGUGUGUGUGUGUGUGUGUGUGUGUGUACACCGGAGAGCUCCAGCAAAAAGCCACUGGAAUUUGGCUGCAAACUGCCCGAGCCUCUGAUGUUACACAGUGACUGUUGAGCGAGCCAGGAAGAGAACCACGUUGAUACUGUGAAACUUCACAAAAAAAGCUUCCAUAAACUCAUUUGUAUUUUCAGAAAAAAAGACGUUUGGUUUUUUUUUUUAUUUGGCUGUAAGACUGUUAUUCUACAAAUUUCUGUCAGCAUGCGAGUGAAACGUUUGUACACAUGUAUUUUCGGGUUUGUCAUGUCAACGAAGCACACACUUUACUCACACA